CCAAAAAAAAAAAAAAAAGAAGCAAAAUGCCUGCCGUAGGGAUAGCCAUUGGUAAUGGCAAGAAGGAGUAUCCGGGAAACCUUACUCCUUAUGUGACUGUAACAUGUAUCGUUGCAGCCAUGGGUGGUUUGAUCUUUGGUUACGAUAUUGGGAUUUCUGGUGGAGUUACGUCCAUGGAUUCAUUCCUGAAAAAGUUUUUUCCUUCAGUUUUCCGGAAAAAGAAUGCGGACUCGUCAACGAAUCAGUAUUGUCAAUAUGAUAGCCAGACCUUGACCAUGUUCACAUCUUCACUAUACUUGGCUGCUUUAAUAGCUUCUGUUGUAGCCGCAACGGUUACCCGUAAAUUUGGAAGGAAGCUUUCUAUGCUUUUUGGUGGUGUGCUUUUCUGCGCUGGUGCUAUCAUCAAUGGCUUCGCUAAAGCAGUCUGGAUGUUGAUUCUUGGUAGAAUUUUGCUUGGUUUUGGUAUUGGUUUUGCCAAUCAGUCUGUGCCCCUUUACCUUUCUGAGAUGGCUCCAUACAAAUACAGAGGAGCACUUAACAUUGGUUUCCAAUUAUCAAUUACAGUUGGUAUUCUCAUAGCCAAUGUAUUGAACUAUUUCUUCGCUAAAAUCCAUGGUGGUUGGGGAUGGAGAUUGAGUCUUGGUGGUGCUAUGGUCCCUGCUCUUAUUAUAACCGUUGGAUCAUUAGUCCUUCCAGACACACCAAAUUCUAUGAUUGAACGUGGCCAACAUGAAGAAGCUAGAUCUCAACUGAGAAGAGUUCGUGGAGUUGAUGACGUUGAAGAAGAAUUCGCUGAUCUUCUCCAUGCUAGUGAAGAAUCCAUGAAAGUAGAACAUCCAUGGAGAAAUUUGCUGCAGAGAAAAUACAGACCUCAUCUUACAAUGGCUAUAGCAAUUCCUUUCUUUCAACAACUCACUGGCAUUAAUGUGAUUAUGUUUUAUGCUCCUGUUUUAUUCAAUACAAUUGGGUUCGGCAGCGAUGCUUCACUUAUGUCUGCUGUUAUCACCGGUUGUGUUAAUGUCUUUGCAACUAUGGUUUCAAUCUAUGGUGUUGAUAAAUGGGGAAGAAGAUUCCUUUUCCUAGAAGGUGGAGUGCAAAUGUUGAUAUGUCAGGUAGUUGUUGCGGCUUGUAUUGGUGCCAAGUUCGGAACAAGUGGAAAUCCAGGAGAUUUGCCCAAGUGGUAUGCAAUUGUCGUUGUGCUUUUUAUCUGCAUAUACGUGGCCGGAUUCGCCUGGUCUUGGGGUCCUCUUGGAUGGUUGGUGCCUAGUGAAAUUUUCCCUCUCGAAAUCCGAUCAGCCGCGCAGAGUGUUAAUGUGUCUGUAAACAUGUUAUUCACAUUUGCAGUGGCUCAAAUAUUUUUAACAAUGCUUUGCCACUUGAAAUUCGGGUUGUUUCUCUUCUUUGCCUUCUUUGUGGUGUUGAUGUCAAUCUUUGUUUAUUAUUUCUUGCCGGAGACAAAGGGAAUUCCGAUUGAAGAAAUGGGGCAAGUAUGGAAGACUCACUGGUACUGGUCAAAAUAUGUUUCUGAAGAUGAUUUUACAAAUGGAAGGAUAGAAAUGGCUAAAGAUGGAGUAAAGAAUGUGUAAACAGAACCUGAUUUUAUUUAGCUGCUGUUUUUUAUUUUCGUUGGGCUAUUUAGCAGUACAUACUACUGAUUUGUAUUUCAAAGAUCAUAUCAAAUUGUCUGAAAACUAUUUAUGCAAUGAAAUUUUCAGAGUAUAUAUAAGAAUUGAUAUAUUUUCUGCAA